CUCGUUCGCAGCAGCCAGAGCUGCCUGUCGUCGGGUUUGUCGCGCAGACAUUGUAGCAAAGUAUCAGAAUCUGUUCAUGCGUCGGAAGCUAACAUCGAGUGUUGGUCAAUCUCGAGUGUGUGUCGUUGAAAGAGAUGGUGCCUGUUGUGUACUGUAGGCUGCGACGCGGAUCGGCCGGCGAAGUGUAAUUGAAGCUCCAGUCGGGAGGGUUCAAAUGGGCUGCCAAUCACUCACUCGCUCGGUGGCCAAGCCGUAUGAUGCCGGGCGAGGCGAAGCAAGGUAACUACAGGGACCUGCGAAGUACUUCUGAUGGAGUCCAAUGUACCUUUGGACGAGGACGAAUGGAGGAACCUCAAGGUCGACGUGGUGAACGCGGGGCAGAUGGGGUGGGCACUUUGCUAUUAGGCCACAGAAGGAAUGACAAUCGAGUUGUAGCUUUGUCGAAUCGCAGAGCUUCCCAAGCCAAUCCGAACGUGCCAGGUGCAUAUGCGGAUAGGAUAGCAGGAGGGGAGCUGGACGAUCCGAGCAAAAAGAUAAGGACAGCUCGGGAUCGAGACAAGACGAGACAAAUAAAAAUGGGCGAUGUCAUUAUUGCUAGUUGUCAACGAGACUCCCCAUUGAAAUUUCAUUGCUGGCCGCGCGUGUUCAAGCUUGCCAAGACCCCCUUUCCAGCGCUGGCCCCGAAUAUUGUUAUGCUCGAGGUCGCACACAUGCAAACUUGCUGGCUUGCUUGCUUGCUUAUGGAAGCAGAGGGUUGUGCGGAGUACGUAUUGUGUUGGAGCAGCUCAACUUUCAAUCAACAGCCCAAAAAUGCACGAGUAAAGCAUCUUUCUCAUCAUGACGUUACGCUGUCCUGCCAGCAUACUCCGUACUUUGCAAGGACUACCAUGCCGGACCCAGCAGAUGCAAUGCAGUACGCUAGAUGCUCCCGAAACUCUGGUUGUCCGCUGAAGUUAGUUAGACUCGUAAAAGCAAUGGUGUGCUGCUUGCCGAGCCAGUUGUGA